AUGGGAUAAUUUUUGUAGAUGGGCAGGCUUGAUUUUAAUUCUGAAGGUUUAAUUCUUCUUACUAAUGAUGGCGAAAUAGCUUAAUGUUUAGAAUUACCUGAAUCUAAAAUAUAUAGAUAAUACAGAGUUAGAGUAUAAGGCAAAGUAGAUGAAAAAAAAUUGAUGAAAUUAAGAUAAGGAGUAAUUAUAAAUGGUGUAUAAUAUGGGCCUUUUCAUGCUGAAAUAGAUAGAAGACAAACUACAAAUACUUGGUUAGAUAUUGGUCUUUAUACAGGUAAAAAUAGAGAAAUAAGAAAAGUUAUGUAAAAACUUGAUUUAAGAGUUAGUAGACUUAAAAGAGAAGUUUUUGGACCAUACAAAACUGGAAAAAUGUUACCUGGAUAAAUAUUUGAAACUUAUAUAACUAGUGAUCUUAAGAGAAAGUUAUAUUUACACAUGAGAAAAAAUUUGAAUUAAAAUAAGAAGACAUGA